AACAAAAUGGCGGCGGGGGCGGCUUAGGGGAUGCCCCGCUGCUCCCGCCGCCUUCUCGCAGGGGUUCGGCCGUAAAGCUUAGGGGUUCAGGCGUAGAGCUUCCCUGCUCUCGGCGCCCCGGGGGUUUGCGCGGUGCGGGCCGUGGCGGGGCUGCUGUGCCCCUGCCGACCUCCCCGGAGCUGCCCGUAGCCCCUCUGGAUCGUGCCCUCAGGAGCCAGUUUCUGUCCCUGGCCGUACCCUUGGGAGCCUAAUCCUGCCCCUAAACUUGCCCUCAGGAGCCUUAUUCUGCGCAAAAGCUGCCUCCCCGUCUGCCGUGUGCCUCCCGAACCCCCUAUCGCUGCUCGGCUUUCAAGAAAUUGGCGCCAACGUGUGUUUAAAAACGUGAACCAAAAAAAACCCAAACCAAACCCAGCGGCACUGCGAUUUUUUUUCAUAGCUUACUCUGUGUGCAGUUCACCUCUGCACUUCUUCCCUUGAGCUACGGGAGUUUUUUAUUUUCAGUCAGCCGGAGGAGCAGGAUGGAUGUGCUGAGGCCCACCCUGGUGAGGAUCGGGGGGCGAGUGUACCGGAAGAAUCUCAUCCAAGAGCAGCCCUUCCCGCAGGAGGAGGAGGAGGAUUUCUGUGCAGGCCCCGGUGACUGCGCGGACGAUGAUCCCUGCGACGCCUUUGUGGUGGAGGAGACUGAGCGAGGCUUCCAGAGCCGGGUGGAGGUUCCCAGCCCCUUGUACAAGUAUAUCAUUGGGAAGAAAGGGGAAACCAAGAAGAGGCUGGAAACAGAGACUCGAACCUCCAUCAGCAUCCCCAAGCCUGGAGUGGAAGGAGAAAUUGUGAUCACGGGGCAGCAGCGGGGCGGUGUCGUCUCCGCGCGGACACGCAUCGAUGUGCUCCUGGACAGCUUCCGUAAGAAGCAGCCCUUCACACACUUCCUGUCCUUUGCUCUCAACCAGCCUGCCAUCCAGGAGAAGUUCCUGCAGUUCAAGGAGGAAGUGUUGGAGAAAUGCUCACAAGAUCACGGGGUCAGCAGCAGCCUGUUCCAGAACCCUGCAAAGCUUCACCUGACUCUUGGGACGCUGGUGCUCCUGAACGAACAAGAGAUCCAGAAAGCAUGUGACCUCCUACAGCAAUGCAAAGAGGACUUUGUGGACCAAGUCACCGGAGGCAAGCCCCUGACCGUGGAGGUGGCGGGAGUGGAGUACAUGAACGACGACCCUGCCAUGACCGACGUCCUUUACGCCAAGGUCCGCAUGAAGGAUGGCUCAGACAGAUUGCAGGUGAUCGCUGAUCAGCUGGUGGAGCGGUUUGUGGCCUCUGGCCUGAUGCUCAAAGAGUGGGACAGGGUGAAGCUGCAUGCUACAGUCAUGAACACUCUCUUCAGGAAAGAUCCAACUGAAGAGCGAAACAACACAAUGACUGGUAAAUCAUCUUUCAAGGAGCGGGAGUCAUUUAAUGGCCGAAAUAUCCUCAAGGCACUGAAAGUGGCCUUUUCCAACCUGCAGCGAGCCCUGGAGAGCAGAAAGUCAUCCUUCCUUCUGAGGUCAGCCAAAACAAAAAGAGAAAGGUGACCAACCCCUUUUUACUGCCAUCUCUUAUUAAUGAGACAUUUUAUCCUGAGUCCUCCAACAUGAGCGACGCAGGCUUUUGGGAACAUAAUUAAUCUUUAAUUGUAUAAAUCUUUAAUUGUAUAAAAUGGAGUUUGUGUGGCUGUAGUCAUUUCUCUUCUCCCUUUUCCUCCUCUCCCUGCUUGAGGUGCUUCCUUAGCACAACUCCUUUUCAGCAGGGUGCCCUCCCCUAGGGCAGUGACCCCCUGGAGCCACCACAGACAGUGUUCCUUGAAGCCACGCUGCUGCCGUGGGGUCUCUUGCUCUGCCCCCAAGAUGGGCAGGGAAUCACUUUCCCUAAGGCACUUUUGCUGUGUGGAGGAGUGGCAGCAAACCCAGGAAUUGUCCUGACAGAAAUCUAGCUGGUCUCCUUGUGGAAAAAAAAAAAAAAGGUUAUUUGAAAAAUAGAAUACCCUUGGGAGAACCAACAAAAGAGCAGUUGUGCCCAAAUCAGUGCCAGGCAGAGCCAAAUGCCUCUUUGGAGGAGGUGAAGUGCAGCCUUUCAGAUGCUAAGUAGGUAUUUGGGAUUUCAGUCAUUCCCUGUAUGGAGGAAUUGAUGCACCAUUGGCUCCAGGAGGAUUAAAGUGUUGGCUUUCCUUAGUGCCUUCUGUAAUGGCAGGAAGGGCUGUGGGACUGUCUGAGCCCACACCUGCAGGGACAGAUAGAACAUUCAAUAGGAGACAGAUGGAAUGGACACUCUGGAGAUCUCCAAGGUGGGGAGAUGUCACUGCUCAGGCCCUUGGUGACUCACAGUGCUCCGGUUAAGCAGAGUUUCAAAAUUAGCAUCUCCACUGAGAAGCUUUUCCUGAGGCACAGCCGAUGUUUCCAGGUAGAGCAAUUUCCUGCAUCUUAAUGGAGCGGGAGGAGCACUUUGCACUUGGACACGAUGCCUUUCCAGCAAUAAUUUGGCGUAAGAA